GUUGACCAAAUAUUUCUAGCUACUCCCAUUAUGCAGGUUAUUCGAUAUUUCCUCUCUUUUACCACCCCCAUUGAUUUACACUUUCAUGCUUGAAUUAUUCUUGGCAUCUGAAAAGAAAAAAGACCCAUUCUUUUCUUAAUUUGUCUCAUGGUGAUGGGCAACCGUCAUGGGGCUGAACCGUACAGGCAAUUUCCCUUUUCAAACCAAGCCGCCUCUGAAAACUUAGCAGGGUUUUCCAUGCCUUUAAAAUACCCCACCCAAGACCUCACAAUUCAAUCAAUUUCAUUUCAUUUCUUUUCUCUUCAAUAUCAUUCUUUCAACGUAGAAAUAUAAACCCAUAUUCUUUUACCAAUUACACAGCCAAUCUACUUGUUUCAAUGGAAACAUCAUCUGCAAACUCAAACUCCAAUAUGAUACUGUUGUUCAAUGGUUUUUCAUGUUAUAACACCGUUAAAAGUUAUGUCUCAAGAUAUUGGUCGUUUUCCCCACAAUCCCAGACUUCAGAUUGGGACCUGAAGAACCAGAAACCUGGGUUUUGAAGCAAGGAAGUUUUAUCUGGUGGUGAGAGAUUAUGCAGAAAAGAAGUGGAGAUUUUGAUGGGGAACCUGGGGAUUUUUUGCAGCCAAGAAAGUGAAGAACAGUUGAACGAAUCAUACAGUUGUGAGGAGAUUUCAAGGUUGUUUGAACAAGAGCCAAGCUUGGAAGAAGUGAAGCAAGCUUUUGAUGUUUUUGAUGUGAAUAAAGAUGGGUUUAUUGAUGCAGAGGAAUUGCAGAGAAUUCUGUGUGUUUUGGGGUUGAAACAAGGUUUAAAGCUGGAAAACUGCAACAACAUGAUCAAUACCUUUGAUGAAGAUGGUGAUGGCAGAAUAGAUUUUCAGGAAUUUGUAAAAUUCAUGGAGAACAGUUUUUGCUGAAUCAGUUUCUUUGUUCUAUUUUUUUUAAAUCAUUUAAUAUUACAUAUUAUUUUAUA